AUGUCCAAGAAACCUCCGGCUGCAAAGCCGGUAAAUGAUCUAAUAAGAUUUUGGGCCGCACAACAAGAAGAAAAAGCAGCAAAGGCAGCAGAACCAGCUCAGCGAUCACCUCGACGUCCAUUAUCUCCAACCACUUCCACACCUUCGUCUCCAAGGGGUUCAGAACCAUUAUCUCCAAGAUCAUGGAUCACCAACAGUCCUUUUACUUCAAACUUAGUAAAUGUUCCACCUCCGUUAUCUCCAACACAACCAUUACCACCUCCUAUGCCUAUAGUGAUUGAAAAAAACAGUUCUUUGGCAAAUAAAUCUGUAGUAUCAGACCGAUUAAAUGAUAUUUUUGGAAAUGAAAAUAAUGAUGGAAAGACUGUUAAUGCGAAUGUCAAAAGUGAUACGUCGAAAAUUGACACUAUUAAAGAUAAUAAUAACCUUUCAUCAACCGAUCUAAAAACAAUUACAACUCAAAAGGAUCGAGGAAAAGUCGACUGGAGUGAACUUGGAUCACCUACUAGAACUGUUCCACCAAAAGAUAUUUCAUUUCUUACUAAAUCACGCGAAACUAAGUCACAGGCUCAACGUGAAAUGAUUCCACAGGCAAAAAAAGUAUCAAAUUUAGUUUCAAAGUUUGAAAAAGCUGUAACACCGCCCACUUCACCUACUGCAUUGUCUCCUGUAAAACGAUUCAAUACUAUUCCGGAUCCAUCUUCCAGACCAAUAUCUCCAACCGUUCUACCACCUGUUAAACAAGUCUUUAUUGAAAUAUCGCCCACAAAAAAUAUUGUUAGUAAUAAUAGCGGAUCUAGUGGAUCUACUAAUAAUGGAUCUAGUAGUAAUAUUAGUAAUAGUGGAACUAACUCGAAUAAUGGAUCCGGCGCUAACAUUGGAUCUAGUAUUAACAACGGAUCCAGUACUAACAAUGCUAAUAGCGGAUCAAGUGUUAAUAACGGAUCCAGUACUAAUUAUGGUUCCAGUACUAAUUAUGGUUCCAGUACUAAUUACGGAUCCAGUACUAAUUACGGAUUCAAUAGUAAUAACAGUUCAAGUAAUAAUGGAUUCAAUAAUAGUAACAAUAAUAAUAAUGGAUCUAACACUAAUAAUAUUAAUAGCGGAUUUAGUACUAAUAAAGCAUUUAAGAAUGAUGCUACGCUAACCCGAGGCACUGUGAUUUACAGUGAACCAGAACCGCUAAAAAUAUCAACCGUAAAUGUUUCUUCGGAUGCGAAAUCUGCGAAAUCUGAGUCAUCUGGGACUUCAACACCAACAGCAUCUACACCUGUGUCAACAUCACCAACAAAAUUGGCUAAACGAAGAAGUAAACCUAUUCCAAGACCGUUAUCGAUCACAACUCCAGUAUCUCCUAGAUCAGUGUCUCCAAUUUCAGUCCCACAGACUAUUCCUGAAACACUACCAAUGAUAUUGUCAGAUAAUAAUUUUACAUCUCCAUCUUCAUCUAUUCGAUCCAAGAUAACUUCCAAUGAUGAAUCAAAAAUUUCAUCUUCUGCAUCAUCGGUUAAGUUGACUGUUCGUGAAUCAGCAUCAAACUCGGAAGCCGUUUCACCUAUGUCAUUACUUUUUGUUGAUGGUUUACCACAAAUACAACCAACUUCACCUUUACACAUAACUAUGCCUGAACCAUUGUUUAAGUCUACAUCAUCGUUUGGGAAAAUGUCAACAAAACAUGAUUCAACUUCUACGAUCUCGCAAGUCACCUCAAAUUCAUUUCAGUCUAGGAGGGAAUCUAUAAUAUCAUCUGGAAGAGAAUCGAUAACUGUUAAAAAAACAAAUCAACAAGAAUUAACCAAAUUUCCUGAUAUCUAUCAAUCAAAAUCGACGUUAACAGAUAUUCCUGAUUUGUCAUUUUCAUUUGAAUCAACUAUUAAUAAGUCACUAAAAUCUGAUACUAGACCUUUAUCUCCUCCUAUUCAAAAACGUGAUACAAUGCAACGUGCUUUAACGCCAAUACCUCAAACCAGACCAAAAAGUCCCGAAUCUAUUUCCAUUAAAAGUUCUGAAACGGUUACUACUAAAGGACAAGGAUAUUCUGAAUUAGUUUUACCAGAAAUUAAACAAACGUCACCAAUGUGGGGUCCUGUACAUGAUAAUUCUUCACCACCAUCACCAAUUAAUUCAAUCACCAUUAGUGAUUCAUUGUAUUCUGUUCCAAAAUCAUCGAUUCCUGAAACUAGAUCGAUAACUUCAGCAUACUCAAAUAGAAGUAAUAUACCUGAAUUAUUACCAGAAUUAAAACCAACUUCAUCAAUGUGGGGUUCAAACAAACGUGAUACAUAUUCAAAAAAACAUGAUAAACAUGAUACAACUUAUUCAUUUAGUAGUUAUGCAUCAUCAUCUCCAGAACCAUUAUCCAAAGUUAAUUUAGAAAUUUGGCAAACUAUGGUAAAAACUACGGAUUAUGAAGAUGAUCAACAAACCACUCCAACUCAAAAAUAUCCACCAGUAUCAUCAUCACAAACUUCUGGAUAUUUAUUUUCUAUAGAUAAAAAUGAUGACUUAUUACCACAAGCUACUCCUAUAUCACCUUUAAAAUUUGAUUUACCUGAACUUGGAUUAUUAGAACCAUUACCAAAAGCUCAACAAUCUUUAACAAAUAAAGAACCUUCAUCAACUGCUCCAUUGAAACGUGAUUUACCUGAUCCAAUGUCAAGUACGUAUACAAUAUCAAAUUUUACAACAAAUACGUCAUUAUCUGAUGGUGAUAGAAAUAAUUGGGGUUUUUGGGGUGAUUCACCUCCAGAAUCACCUAAUAAAUUUAAAUUGGAUUUAGAUCGAUUUAAUGUUUAUUUAAGUAAAAAUGAUCUUGAUAGUAAAAAUAUUUCUACAGAAAUGAAAAAAGGAAAAGGAAAAAAGUAUAGUACAGUUUUAGAUAAAACAAAUAUUGAUCAUCAAGAUUUUUAUAAAAUUAAAAUUGGAUCAAAUAUUGGAGAUAAACAUAAAUCUUUACCAUUAGUUCAAGAUGAUUCAAUUUAUAUGAUUGAAAUGAAUGAAAAUCAUAUGAAAAGUGAUAAAAUGGAUCAAAAUGAACAACCUCAUGCUAUGACAAUAAAACUUCGAAAAUCUGGAAAUUUUCAAACUUAUCCAUUAUCAGAAGAUUUUAAAAUUGGUACAAAAAGACAAAAAUGUAAACCUAUAGAAAUUUUAAAAUUUCCUUAUAGUACUAUUAGACCUCAAAGAAAUACUUUAUCAACUUUUAAUACACUUAAAAAAAAUCCUUUUCUUAAAUCUAUUAAAAAAAAUUUUGGAGAUCGUAAUUUACCAGAAUAUAAUUUAUCAAAAAGUAAAAUUAUUAAUCCAUUUGAUGAAUCUGAAUCAAAUGAAUUAUUUAAAUCUGGUUCACCAUGGAUUCAUUUACCUCAUUUAGAUGAAUUUAUAAAAAGUUUACCUUUAACAGAAUUUUCAAAUCCAAAAGAUUUAAUGACUCAAGAUGAAUAUGAAAAAUUUAUGGCGAUAAGUAAAUUUGGAAAAUAUGCUGAUUCUUUAUUUCCACCAUUAAAUCAAAUUCCUGAUGAUAUUUCUUUAGAUGAUCUUAAAUCUAAUAUUACUAGUAAAAAAAAGUCAUCAUUAUCAAAUAAUUUAUUAUCUAAUGCUAUUGAUGAUGUUCUUAUAGUUGAAACUAUAGAAUAUGGAAAUUCUUUUACUAAAUUAGAAAUUUUAAUAGAUUUUAUACAAUUUUUGACACUUGCGUUAACUUUUGGAAAUACAGGAGUUGAAGGUUGGGUUAAAACUUUAUUAAAUACAAUACCAAAUUUUUUAAGUUUUAAUUUCGCUGAAGUUUUUGGAUAUGGUGUGAUAUUUUUAUUGGUAUUUUUUGUUAUUAUAAUUGGAGCUCUUUAUUGGUUUAGAAUUAUGACCAAGUGGGAUCCUAACGCUGACGUUGAGGGGUUUGAAUCAUUUCCUUGGAAUUUACGUCCUCAAACAAAACGUCGUCAUAAUAUGAUUAUAGUAUUCGCUUUAACAACUCUUUACCUACCAUUAUCAAAACUUUCAAUUGAUGCUUUAGUAUGGGAUAAUACAUUUUGGCCACCAUUAGAUCCAAAUAUUAGUGAUCCCCAAAAUUUUUGUUAUGUAACUAGUACGAGAAAAGGUGAUUUAAACUUUUCACCAGUGAUUAUAAUAAUCGCAUUAAUAAUUUUAGGUAUAUAUACAAUUUGGUUUCCUAUCGCUUUGAAAAGAUUAGUGGAUAAAAAUUAUCCUAGGAUUAAUAAAUAUAACGAAGCAGGAGAAAAGAUUACUGAUGAAGUUAAAGAGUAUUCAAAAAUAUUGGAGAAUGAUAAUUGUCCUUAUAAUUUUUUAUAUAAUGGAUAUCAUGAAAAAUGGGCAUCUUAUAAAACAUUUAUAAUGGCGAAUAAGUUUCUUAGUAUCUUAUUAGUUUCAACAAUAUCUAAAGAUAAUUGUAUAUUCAUUAAUUCAUCAAGAACUGGUAUCUCAUUAGUUCGUCAAUCAUUACAAAUUUUUUUAAUGUUAUUACUUUUAUUUAUUCAUUGGAGAAGUGAACCAUUUCUUUAUCCAUCACAAAAUAUUAGUGAAUAUUGGUCUCGAUCAGCUUAUGUUAUUGCAGCUAUUUUAGGAAUAUUUGUAGUAUUACAAAAAAGAUUAGAUUUUAGUAUUAAUAUAUAUUCACCUAAAUUAGAUUUUUCUAAACAUAUUAAAAGAAGAGUAUGGCAAGAAACUUGGACAUCAUUAAUUUUAACUUCAGAUCAACUUAAAAUUCCAUCAGGAAAAGUUAUAGCUUAUUCACAAUCACCACAUAGACCUCCUUAUUUAUUAAAUUUUUCAGGAAGUGUUGGUGAAAGACAUGUUGAAAAUUUAAAGAUUAUGAAACAAAUUGGAAUAAGAAAUUAUACAACUUCUUUGGCUCCUUUACCAAUUUCUUUGGAAAAAUUACGAUUAAAAAUAAUUAAUAACUUUGUUGGACCUGAUAUGUAUUAUGCACCAGAAUUUUUUAACAUCAAUAUAAAAACUUGUUUUGGUAAAGCAUAUGUAGUACCAUUUCCGUUUAAUGUUGUGAUAUGUUAUGAUGAGGAUGAAAGUGUAGUUGUUUUAACACAAGAAUGGGAAAUCCGACGGUAUGUCGAACAGAAUGAGAAUAAAGAAAUACAAAGAAGGAGAUUAGUUAGACAGAUGAUUAGAUCUUUAGAAGGAAAGAUUGUUGUCGGACCUUGCUGUGAAAAAGGUGAUAGAAUUGAAUCAGAAAUUCAAGAUAAGGAAUUCUUUGGCAUUUCAACAGGAUCAGAAGUUCAUUAUCAUCGUGGCCUUCUCCAAAUCCGACGUAACCAACGUUUAAAAUGGCGAGGUCAAAACAUGAAUUCCGGAUUUGAAGUUAGCAUUACUUAUUCGGAUAAAAUUCGAAAUGGUAAUUCAUCAUUUAGUGAAGGAACACCACUUCAUGAAGUAGCAGUUGGUCACAAUAUUAUUGGAAUCACAUCUGAUUUCCAAAUGACACCACGACUUGAAAGAUUAUUUACAGAUAAUUAUGAGACAUUAACUAAAGGACUUGAUCUGGUUCAAGCGAUGAUGCAACAAUACAGAGACUAUUAUAAAGAUGAAGCAAUUAAAAAGAUGGAAACUUUAUCAUAUGGAUUCUUUAUAAAUGUGUAUGAUAAUCCUUCGAUACCAUUAGAAUCAUUACCAGCGUUAUUGAUGACAACAGAAACAAAUGAAAAAGUUCGAGCAAUUCCAGAAACUGAAUAUCCAUCACUUAUUUAUUUAUAUGAAAGAAUGCGAAUAAUAAAUUUAUCAAGGGUUCAUCAAUGGUGGUAUUUAUUCUGGGAAGAUCUUUGGAGGAAAAAUCAUAAAGAAAUUGAAGAUUUGAGAAAAUAUCCACAAGAUUUUUCACCAGCUUAUAGAACUAGUUUAUGUUAUAGGCCAAUGAUAAGGUUAGAUUUAGAAGAAUUUUUACAGAAACGUGGUCUUUGGAAGAAUGAAGGACGUGAUGGAUUCUUACAUUCGGGAAUUUUAAAUAGGAUUUAUUUAUAUUUAAAUAAUGUUGUAUUUGGAAGGAACUCUAAAUCUAGACGAAAGAAUAACAAACCUGGUGCGGAAGAAAUGCAGAGAUCAUGGAGUAUAAUAAAAGGAAACACAGUUGAUAGUAACGAAUAUACGUUACGUGGAAAAGAUAAGAAAACUAUGAAGGAUCGAAUAUUGAUAAUGAAAGAUAUGAUGUUGAGACGGAAAACAAAUUUUCCUAGAGCUAGACCGUUCUUCGUGUUAAAAGAAGAGUACGUAGAUAUUGAUGAUCAUGAUAGUAAUAGUUCUAGCGAUGAUGAAACCUGCAUUAAUUUUUAA